AUGUCUGAAUAUGGAUCUUACCAAUCGAAACAUGGAAUUGUCGAGAUGUUGGUGGCGAUCGUCGUUGCGCUUCAAAUCGCCGCCAUCGCCUACCUCCGAUUCUUCAUGAUUCGAAUGUUCUCCGCGAGAUUGUUCAAAACUCUCAACCAUUUGCGAAUUGUUGAGGACGUUGUCAAUUUGUCGCGCAACGAGCCGGCGCAAACCGGUGUGAUGGCGUGCCUCAAAGCGAACAUGACGCCCGAUGAGUUCUACACCGAAUACAAAGGAAUGAUGUCGGAGAGUCGAAAGGCGAUCCUCAACAUGUUCGGCUACGAUUCGCUGACCAUCUCAUUCAUUCGAGAGUAUUUCGUCGGUCUCGCCGAAACUCGCAAUCAUCGCCGAUUUUCAGCUUCGAUUCGGAGGCCGUUGUGA